AAUUGCCAAAAAAAAAAAAAGGUGAAAGGGAUCAACUCUCAUGACCAAAAUUUUCAACUUAGCCCAUCAAGGGGAGGUAAAUGCACCUUCAAACUCAUGGAACUCUUGAUUUGGAUUAGGUAUUAAAAGUGACAAAAUCAAAAAACCAAAAUAUAAAAAAAAAAUGGCAGGAGACAGGUAUUUGAAACCUUGGAUCAUCCCGGACCCCGAAGUGUCCUUCAUUCCAAGAACCAAGGAGGACGACUGUCUCAUUCUGGCGAGCGACGGUUUGUGGGACGUGAUGACAAACGGAGAAGUCUGCGAUUUGGCGCGCAAACGCAUACUCCAAUGGCACAAGAAGAACUGCGAAAGCAACGGCGGGACCCACCUCCCCGGGAGGGGCGUAGGAGUGGACCCCGCGUCCCAGGCUGCAGCAGAGUACCUAUCCACCCGCGCCCUACAGAAGGGUAGCAAGGACAACAUAACCGUGAUCGUGGUGGAUUUGAAAGCUCAUAGAAGGUUUAAGAACAAAAGCUAACGCUCGUCAGCGUUGUGACAUUGUCAUUCCUGUAGGGUACGUAUCCUCGUUUAGGGCCAUGCUAAGGGCACCCCGGCCUUCUCAAAGGGCACCCGUUGCUGUUGUUCAAUGUGUGUAGGUGUCUUUGGGCAGAGCGGGGUGGCUUUAGCAUUUUCCUUAUAUUUAACUUAUUAUUAAGCUGCACCGGGCAAUUUCGGGAGAAAUUACGUACAAAAUAUUCGAUUGGUUGUAACCAUUAUUCAGCAACAAUUUAUGGAUUGAAAAAAAAAUUGUAGAUAUGUCACCUUUAUUCAUGUUUAUGUCUGUAAACUUCACAAUUUGUGUUAUUACUGCACCAAUUGUACAUUGUAAUAUGUUUUCACCCCGGG